AUUAUAAAGUUUUUUCGAGACCGAAAAGAAAUCCCCAAGAUUGUCUAAAGCCGAAAGCGGCGAGAGCAUCAACUGUUUUGCGUUGCAUGAAAAGUACAUCAUGUCACACAGUGCAAACGGUGUAUCAAAUGGUCAUUUUAAUGGCCACUCACAGCCUGAGAGUCAGCACCAGUUUCUGGAUGAGUUGUACAAGAUGAUGGUCAAAGAUGGCUAUGAUGCAAUGAAGAACCGAGACUCUAAAGUUGUGGAAUUCAAACAUCCCAAGGAAUUGGAAGCCAUGUUGGACAUGACCCUGGACAAGCAGACAUCAGACGAUAGACUUCUGCAAAUAUGUCAGGAUGUUAUCAGAUACAGUGUCAAAACAGGCCACCCCCAUUUCUUUAACCAGCUGUUUGGAGGACUAGAUGAAUACAGCUUAGGAGGGGCUUGGUUAACGGAGACCCUCAAUACUAGUGUAUACACUUUUGAGGUGUCACCAGUGUUCACCGUCAUGGAGAAAGCUCUGCUGCAAAAAAUGCUGAAUCUCAUUGGCUUCAAUGAUGGAGAUGCCAUUUUCUGUCCAGGAGGUUCUAUUGCCAAUAUGUAUGCUUUAAACGUGGCCCGCUAUAAAAGAUUCCCAGAUGUCAAGAGGACAGGGGUGUAUGGGUUACCAAGACUCUGUGUGCUGACCUCUGAAAAGGGUCAUUACUCCAUGAAAAAGGGGAUGGCAUUUUUAGGUCUUGGCUUGGAAAAUCUUAUAAGUGUCAAAUCAGAUGACAAAGGAAAGAUGGAUGUUAAGGAUUUAGAGGAAAAGAUUCUUCAAGCUCAGUCUGAGGGUAAGGUCCCUUAUCUUGUGAAUGCGACUGCAGGUACUACUGUUUUUGGAGCAUAUGAUCCUCUGGAUAAGAUAGCAGACAUCUGUGAGAAGUAUGGACUGUGGAUGCAUGUUGAUGGAGCCUGGGGUGGUAGUGCACUGAUCUCCAAAAAUCAGCGAGGUCUGAUGAAAGGCAUUGAAAGAGCAGACUCAAUGACUUGGAACCCACAUAAAAUGAUGGGAGCCCCUCUCCAGUCUUCUGCUUUUCUCACAAGACACAAGAACCUCCUUCCUGCUUGCCAUUCAGCCAAUGCCGCCUAUCUGUUCCAACAAGACAAAUUCUAUGAUGUCUCCUACGAUACAGGGGACAAGUCCAUACAGUGUGGGCGUAAAAAUGACUCCCUCAAGUUAUGGUUGAUGUGGAAAGCAAAAGGAGAUGAAGGAUUCGAGAAAGAUAUUGAUAAUUUAUUUGAUUGUUCAAGAUAUUUAGCCAGUCUUGUCAGAGACAGGGAAGGAUUUGAAUUAGUUGUUGAGCCUGAAUGCACCAAUGUGUGCUUCUGGUACAUUCCAGUCAGUAUGAGAAACCAGAAGAGAGAUGCUGAUUGGUGGCAAAGACUUGGAAAGGUUGCCCCUCAGAUUAAGGAGGGAAUGACCAGGGAUGGGACAAUGUUAAUAGGAUAUCAGCCAGAUGGUGACCGUGUCAAUUUCUUCAGAAUGAUUGUGUCCAAUCUGGAUAUUAACAAAUCCGACAUGGAGUUUGUUGUUGAUGAAAUUGACAGACUUGGAAAAGAUUUAUAGCCAUGAGUAGUAUAAUGAAGAGGUUGUCACUUUGUACACUGGACAAGAGUCAGAUUUUUGUCAGAAUAAUAAAUGGCAUAAAUAGAUGAACAUUUACUGGUACUUAUAAAGGAUCAAUUUUGUGGUUCUCCAUCUAAUUAGCUGAACUUUUUUUUGUUCACUGAUUGCAAAAAUUCAAGAGAGAGAAAAAAAAAAUUAAAAUUCUUCAACAUCUGUACUGUACUUUCCUACCUGAAGAUUAUGUGAAAUUGCAAACAAAAAAAAUCACCCAUAUCAAUGAUAUUUUAUUCAUAUAUAUGUAUACAGAAUUUAUAUAUGUAUAUUGGUUUAGACUGAAAUUUCGUUUGUGCCCAUGACCUAUGUCUUAUAUUUGUACAUGUUGUGUUCCUGUAAAAUCCUUUUUUCUGCAUGGAUGUCAUUUUUGCACUUUUCCCAGGAAAAUUAAAUUCACAAAUGAAUCAUUCGUACUUCUUGCCAUAUAUUCUUAAUUUACUCAAUAUUGAAAAGGUAAAAAAGGAUCCAUCUUCCAUGGAAUGAACCAUUUUUUGAAGGGAAGGUGCAAAAAUUUGAGUCCACAGAAAAAAAUGAUUACAGUAUUCAAAUAUAAAAAUUUGAUGCAAAAGUGCUUUCUAUUUAUCGAAAUUUGAAAUGCUUACCGGUAUAUAUAUAUCAUUUAUAUAUUUUAUUCUGCUUGAUAAAUGCUUUGAUUUUUUAAAAUUAAAUUAUUAUACAUAAGCUGUUUAUAUUUAUGUGAAUACCUCUGGAGCAUCAGUACUUAUAGCAAACACUUGUUUAAUGAAUUGAUGCUCACAGUGAAGUGAUUUUCAUUCCACGGGCUUUAAAAUAUAUUGUGAACUUAGCAGAUUUAACAAAUUACAUUUAUAACAAAGAAAAAUCAUCCAUCCCUGGCACUUUGUUAUAAGCAUGUUUUCCUGUAUAUUGAUAUUCUGGCAAAGUUUAAAGAUUGAAUCAAGUAUGUCUUCAUUUGGUAUAAAUAAUUUAUAAACCAUACUAAACAAAAUUCUGUAUAGUACUGAUCAAAUCAAUGUGAGAAAAAAAAAUGUGUUGAACAAUGUCUUCUCAAAACACCAAAGAAAAGAAAGAGUAUAUAAGCUUUUGUAUUCAUAAAUCAUAUUACUGCUGUUUGGAAAGAUUAAGCUUUUGUAUUCAUAAAUUAUAUUACUGCUGUUUGGAAAGAUUAAGCUUUUGUAUUCAUAAAUUAUAUUACUGCUGUUUGGAAAGAUUAAGCUUUUGUAUUCAUAAAUUAUAUUACUGCUGUUUGGGAAGAUUAAGUUUUUCUCCUUUUCUGAGAUGUAUUGAUAUUCAAGAAAUUAUGUGUAUCUAUUUGUUACCUCAGAUUAUAAUGUUAUAUAUCAUAAGAAGGCUACUGUUACAUUUUUUUUAUACAACCAGUAUAUUAUAAAGCAGCCCUUUUAUACCAUUGUUAUUAAUCUAUACCUCUGCAUGACAAGUCCUCAGUGCUGUUUAUAUAUAUUUGAUAUUAACCAAAAUGUGCAUUAGACAUUUUUGAUGAAUACUUGAAGUAUUCAUUUUAUAACUUCUGCUUUUUAAGUAAUUAGGAAAUAUUGAAAGCAUUUUAUACAACUAGCCAUAUUUCUUUAAAGAGUGGCAUCAGAUUUAUUUUACAUAGUAUUGCCUUUCCAACAUUUUACUUGGUAUCAAAAUUAUCUACUGUAUCAUGGUUUAUUUAAAAGACACAUUCAAAAACAAAAAUAUUUUAAUGUUCACUUUCCAGGGAAAUUGGAUGGAAAAUAUUAGGUUUUUGAUAUGUUUUCUUUUUCUUCAAAGUCCAUAUAUAACUCUAUACCAUAUACUGGCAUAUAGUGUUUAUAUUAGUGUGUUUCUUUUAUUUAUUUGUUAAUCUCUCAGACUGCAAGAAUUUUCUAUGCAUUUUGUUUUGUUAUCAGAAUAAUAAAAAAAGAAAUCAA